AUGUCGAACUACACUUACGAGCUAGUCUCGCCUCGCUCACAAACUUUCAGUGAUUCAACUUUUUCGAGUCCACGCUCCAUGUACCCGUCCUCCAUCAAUACUGCAUCGUCACAUGGCUCAUGUUCCGACGAGGAAGACGUUAUUCUUCGGGUAGUUGCCCCUCAAGCCAAGCGUGCGAUGUUUGGAGCGCGCACUGUUCCUGUGGAAGCUCCGUCUUUCGGCUUCUCUGAGAUCAGCUAUCUCAAUGAUGCGCUCAAGUUUGACGCUUACAACCAACAGCGCGAUGUCUCCCUGGACGAGCUUGUCGAGAUCUACAACAACAGCAGCAGCUUCUCUGUCAAUCAUCGAGGCCCCUUACAUCCCUCUGUCGCCCCCAAAGUCGAUUCGAUUGGAGAAAACGACGAGUUGGAGUUCAUAGAUGAACAGCCGCGUUACACACGAGAGGAAAAGGGUAAAUCAGCAGAGCUUAGCGACUCGGAGCAAGGCUCUUCUUCAACGCCACCCAUCUCAUCGGUUGAGAGCAGUCUCUUUGGGGAAGCACCUCCUUUACCCACAACGGGUCUCACUCGCGACGACAUUAUUUUCCGCAUUGCCAGUAUAAACGUGGAUCCUCCUUCGCCAGUCACUGUCCAGUCAGAGCUUGCCAAGGUCUUCCCUUCGCUCGUAGAGCCUCCCGCUCGCAUGUUUGGCGAAAACGGCGCACCACUUCCUCCAACCAAGAAGGAAGAGAUCAGCGCCGCUGAACGUGCUGCUCGUCAAGAUGCCCUCAAGGUCGAGAUCAAGGGCAGCAAGGUUCAUUCGCUUGUCAAGGCCGUCAUUGUCCUGGAGAGCCGAACUUCUCUCUGGAAGAAAAUGGCCAACGUAGAGAAGAACGCGUCUGAUUCAGCAUCGCUGGCUCUCCUCCCCGAUCUGCCCAACCCUUGGGACAUGGAGAUCACCCACGAGGGUUUGGACAUCAGCGCUUUCAAAAACAAGACGCGUAAAAUUUUCCAACUUCCUGCUUCAAGGAUUGCAGGUGCCUGCCGCAAGUGCUCUGGAUCUGGUAGUGAAAAUUGCCGAACCUGCCGCGGUGAAGUUGGUAGCGAGUGCUUCUGGUGUUCUGGCUCCGGUAUGCAGAAAGGUCGUCGCCGCUGCGGCCGUUGCCAGGGUCAGGGAAGGCUGAGCUGCAUGGCUUGCGAAGGCAAGAUGGCCUCCGCCUGCCGUUCUUGCGACGGUGCCGGGUGUGGCGAGUACUGUGCCUUUGUCGAGGUCAAGAUGCGCCGCAUUGAAGUGCCUGCGGUCUCGGUCGCUGAUCUUCUGGGCAGGUCGCGCGCCUCGGCCGCGAAUGCUCGUCCCGAAACCGUCAGGGCAGCUUCGAUCGACAUGCUCUGGGAGCUUGUCAAGUUGCUCGCAAACAAGGCCAGCGCCAGGACUAAGCGACCUUACCUGCCUGUCUCAGCGGUGUGCACGUGGGAGAAGAGCAUCUCGUAUCUUGCCCAGGUCACUGCUAUUCAAAACGCCAAGUUCAAGGCUGGUUCCAAGCAGCCCUUCCGUCCUGAGGGAAUGCAACGCACUGUACCAACCAAGAUACGAUACUUCUCGCUCCCCACCGACCCCUCGCUUCCACUUGCCGAGCUCACUAAGAACCAGUUCGUUCAGCAAAACAUCCCCGAGAAGGCCGUGAUCGAAGUAGGAUCGUCUCAUGGUGUUCUUAACGUUUCGCGUCGUCUGUCCACCAUGCUUUUCGGCGAAGUUUCUUAUCCUUCCACACCUCAGCUCUCCUCUGGAGGCUCUUCGCCCAAGCAGGCUGACUACUUUGGCGAUAAUGCAGGUGCUGUCGGAACCGUUGACUCGGUACCAGUCACGCCUUUCAGCUGCUCCCCCAUCUCUUCCCCCCCGACAAGACCAUGCAGCAUUCGUCCCAUGAGCCCCAAGUGUGCACCUCCUGCCCAGUUCAACCCGGAGGAACUCAGAAUUAAGAUGCUCCGCCACUCUUCGAGCUUCUCACGUGCCAACUUUUCUCGACCCCUCAAAGCCCCUGGUGUUCCCAUCUAA